GCAUUAUUAAUGCAGACAUGGCACAGAACGAUGCGAUGCAUGAUGAUGACCUUGCGAAAUCAGGGGAAGCAUUGAUUGAGUUCAUCAAGAGCAGCAAGGCAGAGAGUGCUCUUCGAGGAGCGAGAGAGAACCUGCAGGAGUUCUUUGACCACCACAUCAAGACCAAGAAGACCACAACCGAGCUCUUAAAUGAUAAGAUCUGUUUUGUAUACUUGCAGAAAGAGUUGGAAAGACUCAGAGAUACCGAGCAGGAAAUUCAAACUCUGCAACAGGAAGUGGAUGAGGACACAACUGAGGUCAUUCCUUCAGCCAUAUACGUUGCUCAGCUCUACUUUAAAGUAACCAAGAUAAAGCUGGAGGUGGACACAGAGCCGCACAUACUGAGGGGAGUUCACUACGGUGCGGAUGUGGCAGCCCCCAUUAACAUAGACACAUCCACCCGCUCGCCCUGUGAGAUCAGCGAUGACCUGUGGAGCCUGGUCAAUACUGAAUGGUAGACCUGGUGCACAUGUACACUGUUAGCUAAAUUACUGUUUGUUUUUAUGCGUGUAUAUAUGUGUAUGUGUUUUGUAAGUCUGUUAAUAAAUUUGUCCCCUUUGCAUCA